CUUUUGCCAACGAAAUAUCUGGACUGGAAACUGACUCAGAGUUAACAAAUGGUACAAUUACUACAACACACCAAACAGCGGAGAGUACUGAUCUUAAUCAGUUGAAUGCUAUUGAGGUGACUGACUCUGAAAGCAAUCAAGAAAGUACAGAACGUACCAAAGAAACGUAUAAAGAUCGUGACAGUGAGUUAACACAUGGUGCGGCUGCUACAGAUCAAACAGCUGAAAAUACUGAUCUUCAUCUGUCAGAAAAUCAGUUGGAUGCUGUGAAAGUGACUGAAUCUAAAAAAAUUCAAGAAAGUAAUGUGAAAGAAGCUACAGAAGCAUCAUUUGAAGAGGAAAUGAAGUUAAGAAAUGUAGAGGAUAAAUUAGAUGUAGCCGAGGUGACUGAUCCUAAAGAUAUUCAAGAAAAUGAAGAAUCCUCUACCCAAAAGAAAGACAUAGAAAAAAGGACAACUGAGUUAGAAAAUGGUGAUAUUUGUAGGGAACAAACUGCUAAGAAUGCUGAUAUUUAUCCUUCAAUAAAUCAAGAUAUUGCUGAAGUUAAGGAUCCCCUGUUUUGUGGCAACUUGAACAAAGCUGUGACAAGUAAAAAUGAAAGUGACCGAGGGGAAGUUCUACAAAUAUUGAACCAUGCGCCAGUUGUACAAGCUACUGAAAAUAUCCAAGGUGGCCAAGGAAAUUGUGCCACAGAUAAGAGUGAAAAUGAUGUCAAAAUAAAUCUGUCAGAUGGAAAUGUCACAUCAGCUGAAAGUCUCUCAGUUGUUGGUGAAAUGAGCAGUGUUGAAACAGAAGCACAAGAUUCUGCGCUUUUUCGAGACGUCAUUGCCGAAAACAGGCUCAUUGCAGCACUACGUCUUUCCUGCAAGUUAUCACCUGGGCAUCUUGUGAAAGAUCUUAAUGUCAUGGGUGUGAAGUCAGUUCAAUUGAUGCGUUCACUUUCACCAGGGGUUGUGACUGUAGCAGAGCUGAUACAAAAGCUUGUUCACUUGACAGAACUUGAUCUAUCAGGAAAUCUUAUUGGACCUCAGGGAUUUCGUGUUAUUUGUUUGGCUCUCAGAAGGAAUGCUACUCUUAAGUCUUUGAACUUGGCAAACAACUUGGCAGACACUGAUAGUUCUGACUGUUUAGGAGAAAUGCUGUCUGUCAACUCCACUCUGGAGAGAUUGGAUGUUUCUGGGAAUAACCUUGGGAGUGAUUACUUUUCGCGAUGUGUUGGACCAGCAUUGAUGAGCAACAAAUCUCUAAAGGUGUUAAAGUUUACCAGUUGUGGAUCAAAUGAUGUGUCUGCCAUUUGCGAGGCAAUGGUAGAAGGAAAUACAACAAUUGAGGAACUCGAUGCCAGUAAUAAUCACAUUGGAGCUGUGUUUGGAGAGGGGUUGUUAAAAAUCUUGCAGAAACCAGGUUGUCGCUUGCGACAUCUUGAUGUCCAUGGAACGAGCCUUGGAAACGAUGGAAUGGCAGCACUGCGGAAAGGAAUUCAAAAUAACAACUCUCUCAUCAGUGUGAAUGCAGCUGGGCACCAGGUGUCUUGUCUGUCAUUUCUCAUGGAGUUUUUGUGGAGCUGUAUUUGUCAUCCUUCUUUGGAGGAGCUGGUUCUUGACGGAACCAAAAUUGGCGAACGGGAUGAAUGGAAACCAUCAGGUGUGAUUGAGCUGGAAAGAAGUUCGAAUCUGAAAAAGCUACUUAUAUCAGGAUGUUCGCUGACAAAUCAAGCGUUAGGGACUUUGGCAGAAAACGCUCAGGGAAAAUUAAAUCAGCUCUUUUCCUUGGAUUUGUCCAGCAAUGAUCAGCUUACCACAAAGUGUUUAUCAAGCAUUUGCGCCUUGACCUCCUCUGAUCAAAGUGUACAUUCCUUGUGUGCCGUUGACUUCUCGUUGAAUGUUGCUGAUGAUAUCGCCGCCGAAAUCGUAAACCUUCCUCAACUUAAAAACCUCAAAUCGCUGCUUCUAAAGAAAUGUAGGAUUUCACCAAAUUUCAUCGCUGAUCUUUCUAAGCUCGUUGCCGUGACAACGCCUGAAGUCCCACUUAUUUCCUCCCUGACAUUGGACGGAAUCAAACUGUCAGGAACAGAUGCUCUGAAAAGAAUGCUGGGAUUGUCAGACAUGUUUAUACCCAUAACUCCCUGCAGCUUUGAGUUGUUGUCGCUUAUAGGGUGUGGGUUGAACGAUAGAGACGUGAAACCGCUGAUGACUGCAAUAGGGAAUGGACUGAUUAUAAAGGAAUUGAGAUUGGCGGCAAACAGGCUCACAGACACAUCGGUCAACAACUUGUUGGAAUCUACUGGAAAUUCGCUUUCUCUUGAAACCCUGGAUCUGUCAAUAAACAAGAUUCGAAACGGCGGCGCUGAGAAACUAGCUUGUGCAUUAGCUGACAAACUGGCAAACCUGAAGAGCUUGUUUAUGGGCGACAACUGUAUCGGCAGGGAAGGGAUACUUGCUUUGGUUGGCAAAAUUGGUUCCGGCUCUCAACUGGGAGUUUUAAACCUCAAAAGUCAGCAACAAGCUUUGGGAGAAGAAGAUGUGGAUCAGAUAAUGGAACGGCUGGCAGAAGCACUUGGAUUCGACCCGCAGAGUAGUGACCCUCCUACGUCAGACGUUUUUGUACCACCCUCAAACUUCUCAGUCAACCUCACCGGACUUGGGGGCGAACCUGGUGAACUGGGACCGAAACUGGACAGUCUGGCCGUCCUAACAGACUACAGCUCAAAACAUCGUAGGACUUUGACACUUGAUGAUGCAUUGCAGCUGUCUGUGGCUCUCUCCCAAACGGAAAACACGAGAUCUCAGAUGAGUCAAGGCGACUGGAACCGAGUUAUCAGCGCUGACAAAGACGCACCAGGAUGGUUGCAAAUCUCGUCACAGCGGGCAUGUGCGAUAUAUGUUAGUAAUCUGCCGCUGAGCGUGACUGCGGAGAAAUUGGAAGGGCAGCUGGAUAGUGAAGCGGAGUGUAACGUCGUGGAAGUCUAUUUGCUAAAGGAUCAGAUUCUCAGGAAACCAAAUGGCUUAGCCUGGGUGUUAUUUGCAGACGCUGAGUCUGUUCAAAGGGCAGUGGAAUACUACAACUCUGGCCAGGCUUUCAUGUACGGGACACCAUUUGUUAUCUCCUCCGUAAAUGUUGAUGUGAUUGCUGAUACUGACAUGGAAGAAAAUGCUCUGGCUAAGGCGAGACAAGAGAUGAAUCAACGUGCUAGAGAUCGCAAAGCAGAUCAAACUGUUCAUGCGCAGCUCGUUCAGUCAAACUACAGCGAGAGUCUUGCCCGUCAUGAGUAUGCAGCCCAGCACCCCGCGUACGCUGAUGGCCGAGUGUGGUGAGGGACUAGUGACGACAAGAAUAUUGUGCUCUAGUUGCAUUUAAAGCGAUUCUGGAGAGUUCAGACCCUUCUCCUUAAGAAUGUUGUCUUUUAAACGUCUUAUUGAUGUUCGAUUUAUUAAUACUUUCCGCGAGGUGGUUUAGCUACAACUCCUUGAAUUGUACUGUAAAUCGUUUCACCUGCUAUCGAUGGUUUCCCAUCGGUUCUUUCUUAUGGAUACAGUUAAAGAGGCUGGUAAAGUUUGGCAGCCCCCUUUUUCGACUCAUAAACAAAUUUACGACGAAUUUGUUAAAAAAAUUAUUAAGGUGUAAAGCGCACAUUUUUCACAAGGAUAUUUGUCCAUCCAUUCUGCAUUCUGUGAGUGUUCAAAAGUAGAUUCACUGAGUGAGCAUUUUAAAUGCUAUGUCAAGUAGUGUAACAGCAAUUUUUUUGGGGUCAAUUUUCACGAGUGUUUGUUGUAUUAUAGUUGUUACUCUGCAAGGAGAAUAAUGGCUUUUGGUUUUACAUGAUAUUCCACGAAGAGGGUUUGAAAAAUUAUUUAUUUUACACUUGUAUUUUGAUGUUGGAUGAAGGUUAUAAUUUUUUUUUUACCCAAAGUUUUGUCUUCAUUUAUG